GAAAAAGAAAAAAAAAUAUUAUUGCUUGCCUUUGCUUUCAAUUCCUUCACCCAUUUCCUGAGGCCGCGCAGAAACACAGUCUCUCUCUUUCUCUCUCUCUUGAAUUAUUACAUUCAAUACAGACAAAGUAAGCUUUUGAUGAUCUCUGGCAUUGUGUGGUGUUUCAGUUGCUCCAAUCAUUUCUUUGAAGAUUUUUCAACUUCUGGGUCUUCGCUGGUUAGCAGAGUGGUGCAGCUAAGGAGUGAGUGAGUGAGUGAGAGAGAGAAAGCUUCAGAAUUUGAUGUUCAAAAAACAGGCCUUUGAUUGAUUGAAUGUAUCAUUCAACUAACCAAAGAGAUGGAGAGCAGUAUUGGAUUUGGAUCCCAUGACUCUCAAGUUUCGACACUGCUAAACGACAUUUGAGGAGCCCAAGAAGAAGCAAGAAAAAGGAAAAAAGAAAGUUUUAGGAAGCUGGGUUUUUUUUUUUUUUUAAUUUGUUUAUUUUUUUAGUUACUGCAGUUUCAGGAAUAUAGAAAUCAUAGAGAGGAGAAAAGGAAGUUGCUAGUAAUAUAUUCAUUUUUUCUGGUCUGCAAGUUCUGAAUGAGUUCACGUGAAGGUUACGCUGCGUUGUCCGUGAGUUUUUGCAAGUAACAAGGUCGAGAAAAGAUGCCUCAGCAUUGGGUGUAUUUGAGAAAGACUGCUUCACGAAUGCAAUGCAGCUCCUCCUCCUCCACCAUAAAUGCCAUGGCUCCUCUCAGGGUUUUCGAAGCUACUUCAGUGAGUAGUAAAUAAGCUUCCCCAUUGCUGCUUGUUUCAUCUUUUGAACGCUGUCUCUUUUGCUGAUCAGUCAAAAAAGAGGGCGUACUUGCCUUUGUUGAAAAUGACUCAAAUUGGCGCGUUUCUUCUUUUACUCAAUAACUCGAAUGUCUUGGUUUUACAAUUUCUUGUGCGUGGAAAGAAUGGCAGAUCUGAAGGGUUGGAGUUUGGGCAGUGAUUUGAGUACAAGAGAAUAAAAAAAAAGGGGGUGCCAGCGUGCUGAAAACAGGGAUUUUGGUAUUGUUUUUGGAAGGUUGAAACAUCAAAUGUCUCUGCGUAUGGAACCAAUUCAAUGCCAUUCAAAUCAAAGGGGUUGCCUUUAAGGAUGAUGAUUUGAAAGAUCCCAUUUUUUUCUCUUUGCCUAAAAAGAAGAUAAGAGAUUAAUUUUUGAAGAUCGCAGGCUCAAAAUGGAACCCCUUGUUUCAAGGUACUACCUUCUUUUCUUCUUCAUCUUCUGCUCUCUCCUUUCUCUUGUUCCUCUUGUCAGAUCAGGGGAUGCAGAGGCGCUUUUAACCCUGAAAUCAUCCAUCGAUCCUUUCAACUCAUUGCCUUGGCAAGGAACCGAUGUGUGUGCAUGGACAGGAAUCAAGGAAUGCAUGAAUGGGAGAGUAACAAAACUUGUACUAGAGUACCUAAACUUGACGGGUACUUUAGAUGAAGAAAGCUUGAAUCAGUUGGAUCAACUUCGGGUUUUAAGUUUCAAAGGAAACUCACUUUCAGGUCAAAUACCUAGCCUUUCUGGCCUAGUCAAUCUGAAAUCACUUUUCCUCAACGACAACAACUUCACCGGCGAAUUCCCAGAAUCAGUUUCAGGUUUACAUCGCUUGAAAAUCAUAGUUUUUUCAGGAAAUCAAAUCUCUGGUCACAUUCCAGCUUCUUUACUCAAACUCAAACGCUUGUACACUUUUUACUUACAAGACAAUAACUUGAAGGGCACAAUCCCACCUUUCAACCAAACAAGUCUCAGAUUCUUCAAUGUGUCUAAUAACAAACUUUAUGGCCAAAUUCCUGUGACCCCAGCUCUGGUUCAGUUCAAUAUGUCUUCAUAUUCAGGUAAUAUUGAUCUUUGCGGAGAACAGAUUCAAAACCCAUGUCAAACAAUCAAUUUCGGGCCAGGAACGAGUCCUGCUUAUCCCAAGGUUCCAAGUUCAAAAUCUUCAUCCAAAAAGCAUACCAGGUUGAUCAAGAUUGUAGUAGGAAGUGUAGGUGGAUUCUUGCUGCUACUCAUUUGUGUGUUUUUGGUGUGUUUUGUUAGCAAAAGGAAACAUGAAAAGGACCAGUCAAAGGAGGUUAAAAGCAAAGGGGUUGUCAAUCUAGAAGGGGUGGAGACAGGAGAGGCGGCGGGAGGAGGAGGCGGCGGAGGAGGAGGAAGCGGUGGCAUGGGAGGUAAUAAUAGUGGAAAACAAGGAGGGUUUUGGGAGAGUGAGGGUCUAGGGAGCUUGGUGUUCUUGGGAGCAGGUGAUCAGCAGAUGAGUUAUAGCUUGGAAGAUUUGUUGAAAGCAUCAGCGGAGACACUGGGGAGAGGUACGAUGGGGAGUACUUACAAAGCUGUUAUGGAAUCAGGCUUCAUCGUGACCGUUAAAAGGUUGAAAGAUGCUAGAUAUCCAAGAUUAGAGGAGUUCAAGAGACACAUGGACUUGCUUGGUAGGCUCAGGCAUCCCAACAUGGUCCCACUCAGAGCCUAUUUCCAAGCCAAGGAGGAGCGCUUGCUCGUCUACGAUUACUUCCCAAAUGGAAGCCUCUUUUCUCUCAUCCACGGAACAAGGACAUCUGGUGGUGGAAAGCCUCUUCAUUGGACAUCAUGUCUCAAAAUAGCUGAGGACUUGGCUACUGGACUGCUUUAUAUACACCAAAAUCCAGGCUUAACUCAUGGGAAUUUGAAAUCCUCUAAUGUGUUAUUAGGUCCUGACUUUGAGUCCUGCCUCACAGAUUAUGGCCUCACCUUAUUUCGAGAUCCAGACCCAGUGGAAGAACCUAGUGGUGCUACGUUUUUUUACCGGGCACCUGAAUGCAGGGACGUCCGAAAAUCAUCCACCCAACCAGCUGAUGUUUACAGCUUUGGUGUUCUUGUCCUGGAGCUCCUAACAGGAAAAACUCCCUUCCAGGACCUUGUUCAGGAGCACGGUUCAGACAUUCCUAGGUGGGUACGAUCAGUCCGUGAAGAAGAGACCGAGUCCGGGGAUGAGCCUACCUCGGGUAACGAGGCAUCUGAGGGGAAGCUUCAGGCUCUUUUGAACAUUGCAAUGGCUUGCGUCGUACUUGCGCCAGAAAACCGCCCUGCAAUGAGGGAAGUUUUAAAGAUGAUUAGAGACGUUAGGUCAGAGGCUCAAGUAUCAUCUAACAGUAGUGACCAUUCACCAGGGAGAUGGUCGGACACUGUCCAGAGCCUGCCUAGAGAUGAACAUCUAAGCAUAUAAGCCUGUGAUAAAUUUUGGCAGGCAUUUGAUUUUCAAGUGUUCUUAUUCUUUCCCAUUGAAACUUUCAUUCUUCCACUAGCUAUUGUAGAGUUUGUCUUGUAAA